CGGCCCCGGCCCCUGCCCAUGAGGCCCUGAUGGGAAACACAAAGGAUCUGGCCACCCGAAGUGAACCGCAGAGACGGGGCAGACACAGAGGACGGGACCGGCUGUGAGGGCCCCGGUUUGGAGCGGACUGGAAUAAGCACUCUUCUCAGAGGCCGAGCACCGUCCCCGCCCCGAGCGGAGGAGGAGGAGGCGGGCUUCGUUCGGGAUGUUUGACGGCUAUGAGAGUUGCAGCGAGGACACGAGUAGCAGCUCCAGCUCGGACGAGAGCGAAGAGGAGGUGGCCCCUUUGCCCUCCAGCCUCCCGCUUAUCAAAAACAAUGGGCAGGUCUACACCUAUCCGGACGGCAAGUCAGGCAUGGCCACCUGUGAGAUGUGCGGCAUGGUGGGAGUCCGCGACGCCUUUUACUCCAAAACCAAGCGUUUCUGCAGCGUCUCGUGUUCCCGAAGUUACUCCUCCAACUCCAAGAAGGCCAGCAUUCUGGCCAGGCUUCAGGUAACGGGCAAGCCUCCAACCAAGAAGGCCAAGGUUCUCCAGAAACAGCCCCUGGUAGCCAAGCUAGCCGCGUACGCUCAGUACCAAGCGACCUUGCAGAGCCAGGCCAAGACGAAGGCCGCCACGGUCUCUGUGGAAGGCUUCAGCUGGGGCAACUACAUCAACAGCAAUAGCUUCACAGCGGCUCCGGUCACGUGUUUCAAGCAUGCACCCAUGGGGACCUGCUGGGGAGACAUCGCCGACAACAUCCGGGUCGAAGUGCCCAACACGGACUGCAGCCUCCCUACCAAAGUCUUCUGGAUCGCGAGCGUCGUAAAAAUCGCAGGCUACAGCGCUCUGCUGCGCUACGAAGGGUUCGAGAACGACUCCAGCCUGGACUUCUGGUGCAGCGUGUGCGGCUCCGACAUCCACCCCGUGGGCUGGUGUGCCACCAGCGGGAAGCCCCUGGUCCCCCCGCGGACCAUCCAGCACAAGUACACAAACUGGAAGACCUUUCUAGUGAAACGUCUUACCGGUGCCAAAACGCUUCCUCCUGACUUCUCCCAAAAGGUGACCGAAAGCAUGCAAUACCCCUUCAAGCCUUCCAUGAGAGUAGAAGUGGUGGACAAGACGCACCUCUGUCGGACCCGGGUAGCGGUGGUGGAGAGGGUGAUCGGCGGGCGGCUGCGCCUGCUGUACGAGGAGAGCGAGGACAAGUCCGAUGACUUCUGGUGCCACAUGUACAGCCCGCUGAUUCACCACAUCGGCUGGUCCCGGAGCAUCGGCCAUCGGUUCAAAAGACCCGAUAUCACAAAGAAACAGGAUGGACAUUUUGAUACGCCACCGCAUUUAUUUGCUAAGGUAAAAGAAGUAGACCAAAGUGGGGAGUGGUACAAAGAAGGGAUGAAGCUGGAAGCUAUCGAUCCCUUAAACCUGUCUGCGAUAUGCGUGGCGACCAUUAGGAAGGUGCUGGCCGACGGAUUCCUCAUGAUCGGGAUCGACGGCUCGGAAGCGGCGGACGGGUCGGACUGGUUUUGUUACCACGCCACCUCCCCAUCCAUUUUCCCCGUUGGUUUCUGUGAAAUUAACAUGAUCGAGCUAACGCCACCCAGAGGUUAUACGAAACUCCCUUUCAAAUGGUUUGACUAUCUCAGGGAAACCGGCUCCAUUGCAGCACCAGUAAAGCUGUUCAACAAGGACGUUCCGAACCACGGAUUCCGCGUGGGAAUGAAACUGGAGGCCGUGGACCUCAUGGAGCCCCGCCUGGUGUGCGUGGCCACGGUGACACGCAUCAUCCACCGCCUGUUGAGGAUCCAUUUCGACGGCUGGGAAGACGAGUACGACCAGUGGGUGGACUGCGAGUCCCCCGACCUCUACCCCGUGGGCUGGUGCCAACUGACUGGCUACCAACUGCAGCCCCCGGCACCCCAGACCACGAGAGAGAGCCAGUCGGGGUCGUCGAAGCAGAAGAAGAAAGCCAAGUCCCACCAGUACAAAGGACACAAGAAAAUGACUCCGCUGCAGCUGAAGGAGGAGCUGCUGGACGGGGAGGAGUACGGCUUCCUCCAGGGAGCAUCCGACCAAGAGAGCGGCGGCUCCGCCAGCCACUACAUCAAGCAAGAGCCCUGAGGCGCGGCUCACCUCCCGAGCCAUUCGGGGCCGACCCAUCUCCGAGGCCGCCCCCAGAAGAGAUUUCAGUUCAGAUUUCCUUCCUUUUGUUUCUUUUUUUUUUAAUUUGAGGUGGGUAGGGAAACUAUU